AUGAAACCACGAUUUGAAGUUUUAGUUGGUAUUAAAAAUAUUUUAAAUGCAGAAAUUAUUCGAAGAUUUGGGUUGAUAGAACAAAUAAAACCAAUUGCUAUCGCUACUAUUUUGGAUCCUAGGUUUAGGAAUCUUAAUUUCAACGAUGCGAUUGCCUGUUCUAAUGCAAUGGCAGAACUAAGAAAAUUAUUAAAACCAGAUUUUUCAUCAAGUGAAUCCGAAGGAGAAGUAGUACCAUCAAAUUCAGACGGUUAUGAUUUUUGGGCCCCCCACAAACAGUUAGCCCUUGGCCAAAAAAAGAAGAAGUCAUUAUCAUACGUCAAUGAUGAAUUAUCUCUAUAUUUUUCAAAUACCGUGUCUCCACUCAAAUCGAAUCCACUAAUGCUAUGGGAAGAUAUGAAGACAGUUUUCCCAAUGUUAUAUAAACAAGCGCGCAAAUCUUUCACUAUGGUUGCUACAUCUGUUCCGAGUGAGCGAUUAUUUUCGAAAGCUGGAGGAGUAAUCACAAAAACCAGGAAUCGAUUAACAGGUUCACGCCUGGAAAAAAUAUUACUACUGGCCGAUUUACCAGAAGAUCAAUGGUUUUAA